AUGGUUUACCUUCAGAAGCAACGGAGGAGGCUCUGGAUCCUCCGAUCGGUUCGAGUGAAAAGAGUGACGAAUGGAGGUGCUCUGGUACAGGGCUUGUUUUAUAGGCGUGGGGAUAUAGGUGGAGGCAUUUGGAGGGAAAGGGAAGGAGCAAAACGAAUCCAAAACUGUUUUGAAGACAGUGCUAACCGAAUGCCAUAUCAGCUUUAUGAUCAAGGGGCUGUUUCGUCAUUUGAGGAAUCGAUUCAGUUAAGACUGAGGAGCAGGAAGUUGUUUCAUCAGCUAAUUUGA